GCGGAGCAUUUCAGUUAUUGCCAAUCGUCUUGUGCUUCUCUCGAUUCUCGACUCCAAUGGCCGCUAUAUUAGCUCGCAAGUCUCUAUCUGCUCUUCGUUCUCGUCAGCUUGUUUUGGCAGGACAAGCAUGGCAAGGGACUAAUACUCCUAAUGGAACUCUGCUUGGUUCUCGAUCAUUUGCUACCAAGCAUUCGUUUUCAACCGACAAAGAUGAUGAAGAAAGAGAGCAGCUUGCAAAGGAGCUAUCAAAAGAUUGGAAUUCAGUCUUUGAGCGAAGCAUAAAUACACUCUUUUUGACUGAAAUGGUUCGAGGUCUGAUGCUGACGCUCAAGUACUUCUUUGAAAAGAAAGUGACGAUUAACUAUCCAUUUGAAAAGGGGCCUUUAAGCCCUCGUUUUCGUGGAGAACAUGCCCUUCGACGUUAUGCCACAGGAGAGGAAAGAUGCAUUGCAUGUAAACUUUGUGAAGCUAUUUGCCCUGCUCAAGCUAUCACAAUCGAGGCGGAAGAGCGAGAAGAUGGCAGUCGUCGAACAACCAGGUAUGAUAUUGAUAUGACGAAGUGCAUCUACUGCGGAUUCUGCCAAGAAGCCUGCCCUGUUGAUGCCAUUGUCGAGGGACCCAACUUUGAGUUUGCAACUGAAACUCAUGAGGAACUCCUUUACGACAAGGAGAAGCUUCUUGAGAAUGGAGAUCGAUGGGAAACUGAGAUUGCAGAGAAUCUGAGAUCUGAAAGUCUCUAUCGCUGAGUUCUUUUGUCGAAUAUAAGCGGAAAUUUCUUAUAAAGUAUCCACAAAAUAAAGAGACUUGGUGAAUGCUCUUAUUUGUACUUUCCCUUGUUUUUUGAUUGUUGAGAUGGCUCUAUUUCGUACAAAUCUGUGAAUGAAAUAGAACAGAAUCUGGAACUAGAUUUCUGUUAUGGCAAGCUGACAUAUCUGUAAAGUAAACGUCUCAAGUGCCUAUGUCUCUGCAAUUACUCCUUUCGUAUGAAUGGGGUCUUCAUGGGAAAGUUACAUGAUACUACGACUUACCUAAUUUUGAUCUGGAUGAUCCAUUUCCAGUUCUAAAAGAGAUUGAAGUUUUGUUCA